AUGUUCACGUGCUGCUUCCUUCACAUCUGCUCCUCCUGCGGUGGAGGCCACGCCCACCCUGCGUACCCGCACAGCCCCAUCUUGCAGCUAGAUAGCAACAAGAUGCGCCACAAGAUUCGUGAGGUCAUCUUUGAUGAGAAGAAAAGUCUGGCAGCUGCUGCUGAUGGUUACAACAAGCUGGCUGAACCAUCUGGGCAAAUUGUGUCCACUGAUGCCAUCAUUCAGACCAAAACAAAGGUGUUUGAGAAGGUGAUAGCUUUGAGGCGCCUGAAGGAGGAGGAAAUGUGCCGAGAAAUGCAGCAACACUGGACAUUAUUGAAGGCACAAUCUUUGAAGCUGGGAACUAUCAGUAACACUUCAUUUUACAGGUCCGCAAGUUUCAUGAAUCUUUCCCAUCAACUGGCGUCACUGGAACAGCAACAGAGCCGGCGAACAGACUCUCGCUCUGCCGGUGAUUGCAGCGCCAGUCUGUCCCUGGGUCUCCCGGAUCUCCGCGACCACACCAGUUACCAUCCCACCCUCACCAUCCGGCCGAAUUUGCCUCCCGGAGCCUGCCUUCCUCUAGGACCAGAAACGCCAGGCUCCCGUGUCCACCGCUCAGUCAGCUCAGCCCUUCUCACUUCACCCGCCAGUCCUGAACCAGCCCUCCUCGUGUCCGCCCAAAGCGCCGCCAGUGAACUCUCUUGACCAGGUCCAGUCGAGUCUCCAAGACAGCCACAAACCACGCCGACUUU